UCAAAGAUAGAAUAGGCUACAUAGCAUUAGAGAAUUCCUACCAGAAAGCUCUUUGUCUGUGAUAGAAAACAUUGUUUUCAGCAAGUGGAAUUCCACAUUUAUCGAUAUCAAUAUCAUAGGUUCUAUCCAAGAUUAUAUCUUAAAAGGAUAUUUAAAAAACCUGAUUCGGAAUGAUUUGAUAGACUCAAGAAAAAAGUUUUGGACUCACGUUUUAGUAUAUCAAAGACUACUUGGAAUAUGGAACCCACAUUUCAAACAAAGCAAUGGCGAAUUGCUGCAGCCAGUGCUUAUAUUGGCAUGAUUAUUGGUGCCUUAGUAAUAAGUUCAACGAUACCGCUUACAUUGCUUGCGAUGGGAGGAAUCAAUGAUUUAAACAUUCUUGCUGUUCAUUGUAAUUCAUUGAAGACCAUCCAAUACUGGUUUCUCGGAUGGGGUGGCUUGAUACUGGUGGCCGAAUUUAUGGCUGUCGUUGCGUCGAUGAAAAAACACAAAAUAUUUCGGAUCGUUGUGACGGCGAUGCUGCUGAUAACGAUAAUGUUCUCAUUAACGUUGGUUAUUUGGGGAUCUGUUGAAAGUGACGGGAGAAAAAUUUAUUUCCAAUCAACUUGGAAUGAUAUGGAUGAUGGCACAAAGCAUUUCAUUGAAUCUUACUUCUACUGUUGCGGAUACGAAAGCAAAAUCGAGUACACAACAACACUAUUUCCACUAGACAAUGCAUGUUAUGCAAUUCCAUCAGAAAACACAACUUGGCCUGAAGGUUGUUAUAACCGCGUUAUUUCUUCAUAUUUGACCCCAAUUACUCUGACAAAUUCAGUAGGUGUAACUAACACCAUCGGAACCGGGAAAGUCAAUCCAUUUCUUGUUGCAUUCAUCUUUACGUUCAUGGUUAUUAUACUCACUGUUGGAAUAUCUACCGCAACCUUUAUCGCAGCCAUGCUCAACACUUCUAGGCCAAUAAAGCCACCAACGCCAAAUGAUUUUGUUCUCGAAAAUGCCACUGCAAAAACAUACGGGGAACCAAUACAGAAUGGAAAAGAUGCGAUUUCGGCUGGUGACAACGACGUAGAUGUGGAAACAAUUCAAAUAUCUAAUACUAUGAGUAAAAAUUUGAGCGCAACUGAAAAAGCACGGAAGGAAUCAAGCGCAGAACCUGAAGCGGGACUUGAUACAAACGAGGCCAAUUCUAAUUCCAAAGAUCAUAUUACUACGAAAAAGAUAUGGUAUAAUAGAAUACCGGAUACUAUAUCUGAGGUCAUUGGGGACACGUUUUAUUGGAUCGGAUUUCGAGUAGGGAAGCAUCCCAAAUCUACUAUUAUAUAUUCACUGAUAUUAACAGUCGCGAUGUCCGUGGGUUUGCUACAACGUUAUGAAGAUACCUCCACAAACGAUAUCGCUUUUUUGGUGGACGACAAUCCGCGAUUGAUAGAGUAUAAUAUUUUUCUACGAACUUUCAUCACCGAGGAAAGAGGCCAGAGCUUGAUUGUCGAAGAUGAAACAAAUGUGCUUUCUUCGGAAAACUUUAUUACGACUUUAAAUUUGGAAAAUAGCGUGAAAAACUUGACAAGCUCAACGGGUCAAACAUUUUCCGACAUCUGUUUGUCAAUAUCCGGGAAUUGUAAACAACGAUCGCUGUUCGAGUUUUGGGAAUUCGAUAACGCAAUGAUAGAGGGACUAUCAAACAGUGAUAUUCUGGCUAAAAUUAACGAAAACCCACUGACGAGUCCUGUUUUUGGCGACAACGUUGAUGUUACACAUACAAUCGGAGGUUUGCAAAGAGAUGCGUCAGGAAGCAUAAUAUCAGCAAAGGCUCAUUUACUGCAUUAUGUCACGACAACUAUCGGAAAUAACUGGGAAGAUUUAUUCAUCGAAAACGCCAAGCAGGGCCGCAGCGGUCUGAAUGUAUAUCUUUCAGCAUAUUCAAGCCGGGUUUUAGAGGAAGGCAAUAUAUUUACAAGAGAACUUCCAUUACUUAUCAUUGGAUUUAGUUUGAUUUUCAUUUACAUCAUCUUAAUGAGCGGAAAAUUUUCUCUUUUGGAGCAUAAAACGCACGUCGCUUUAAUGGGAGUUACUGCUGCUGGCCUUUCAAUGGCGAGUGGAAUUGGACUUGUAGCAUCGUUCGGUCUGAAAUGGACUUCGUUGAAUGUGAUUGUUCCAUUCUUAGCAAUAGCUAUUGGUGUUGAUGACAUGUUCGUGCUGCUUCAGGCGUGGAGUGGCGUGGAGGAUGACAAAAAUCUUAGGGAUAAGAGCAUACCUGAGAAGGCCGGACUCACAUUGCGAACAGCCGGAGCUUCUAUCACAGUGACUUCAAUUACAGAUUUGGUAGUUUUUUCGAUCGGUGCAACCAGUAGUCUCGGAGCUUUUGCAUCCUUCAACAUUUACGUAGCAAUUUGCAUCCUAUUGUUGUUCUUUAUAGAGUGUACUUUCUUCCUGGCCAUUCUAUGCCUUGACCAACGCCGCAAAGAUGAAAGGUACGAUGCAUGUCUUACUUGUUGUUAUAAACACAAAGAUACAUAUAAAGCAGGAAAAUGUUCGGAGCGAGAGUUCUUUCAAAUGUUUUUUGAAGACGGACUUGGGCGCAUCGUAACAAAAUUACCUUUUGCUAUAAUUGUCAUUCUAAUCACUCUUGGACUGACAGGAUUUAUGGUCUGGGGAUUCUAUAAUUUGAAAAUUGAGUUUGAUGCAGAUUGGUAUUUACCCUCAACCAGUUACCUCGUUACUUUCAACAAUAAAUAUGAUGAAUACUUCGACGUUGGCGCAUCAGCAGCUGCUUAUGUUAUUGAAACUGACUUCUACACUGAGAGAGAAAAACUGCACACUCUAUAUGAAAGGAUACAGGCCAACUCUAAGAUUGAUACUACGUAUCUUAGAAGUUGGUUUGAAAAUUAUGUGCUGUGGUGCGCAACUGCAAAAGGAAUAUCCGAUGUUUACGCAGAAAAUGCAUUCUCUAGUUCAACUGCAUUUUACACUUCUGUUAAUGAGUUUUUAUCUUCAACUGGGAGUCACUUUGUUCAUGAUGUUGUGUUCAAGGAUAAUGUUAUCAUCGGAUCACGGUUUCAUUUUCGUCAUAUAUUGGUUCCCACUGACGCAGAUAAUAUAGAAAUUGUUGAGUCUUUGCAAGCAGACUGCAAUUACGCUGGAUUCAGUACGGGAUACUGUUUUUCUCGCGGACCAUUCUACUUGUUUUACGAGAUAGUAAGGAUUAUCGGACUGGAAGUUUACAGGAAUUUAGGAAUCGCAUUAGCUUGCGUAUUUAUCAUGGUGCUCCCAAUGCUUUCAAGUCUACAGAUGGGAUUUUGGGUGACACUAUGUGUCGUAUUUACAACCGUCGACGUUGCCGGGACUAUGUAUUUAGCAGGUCUUGCCAUUGAAGCCAGCACCGUGAUAACGUUGCUCCUAUCCAUUGGAUUGGCAGUCGAUUAUGCGGCGCACGUGGGCCACAAGUUCUUGUUAUUGAAAGGAUCUCGAAAAAUGAGAAUAAGAACAGCUUUAGGUCGAAUCGGUCUCGCUGUUUUCAAUGGAGGAUUCAGCACGUUUCUUGCACUUGUUGCACUGUCCGCGUCGGAUACUUACACUUACAGGGUGUUUUUUACGAUAUGUGCUUGUGUCGUUGGAUUUGGUUUAUGGAACGGAUUAGUAUUUCUACCAUGUGUAUUAGCUUUCGUUGGGCCACAACCUCUUAUAACUGCAACUGAAGCGCGAUUGAGUACAAGGCACCAUGCUAAAAAAACUAAAGUUCAAAAUACAACUACACAAUCGCAACAUGACUAAGCGAUUGAAAGCCUUUAGAUUCAAAUUUUUAUCAUUUAUGUGUAUAAUUGAGGACUAUGAAUCAUUGCGACUAAAACAGGUACGACGUCGCGUUUUCAGAUAUUGCGACAUUUAUCGAAGCCAUAACCCUCAAUUUUUUCAAAUUUAACUUACUCAAUAUACCUACUUAUACUAUAAUAAUAUACUUACUUACUUAUUUAACUUACUCAAGAUAUUUACUUAUAUAUCGAUCUUGUCAGGUCUAGCGAUUAUGAGAUAUAAGAUUAGAUAUACUAACACAGUUAAUGCCAAACAUUUGCAACGUUUAACAUUGAUAUAGUGGGAAGAAAACGCCGGAAAAGUUUUUUUCUAUUCUUAAAUUGUAUAGCUUAUGUUUUAUAAUAAAAUUAUUAAUGAGCACCGGAGUUUUUAAUUCUCGAAGGUAUAAAUUUGGAAAAAAAAAUACUACUAUGAAGUACAGUAUAUAUAUAUAUUUAGAAGUUGUAUGAUGCAACCAGCCGAGGCACCGCUGCCAUAAUAAUAUUUAACAACUCAUUAGAAGUGUACGACCGAAAACCCGAAGCAGGCCCAUACGGAAACGUUGCCCAUUCCAGUGCAUAUUACCAACGAAAGAGAAAUUUUUCACCAGGUUUAUACUAGGGAGCAAUACUUUACAGAGAGCCUACACCUUGCCACAAAAUAUUCACCGACCUACCUACCCACGGCGUUGAAAUGAAUAUGAACCAGUUAAAAAUCUACACCUCGCCACAAAAUAUCCACCGACCUAUCCACGGUGUUGAAUUGAAUAUCAACCAGUUAAUGAACUUUGUAGAGCUAGACAUAAACCAUGCCACUUUAUUUAUCAAUAUAGCAAGCGUUUAUGUACGCAACAACCUAAUCCCAUGGGCGAUAUGGCAUGAACUCAACUAGAUUGAGACUAACCAAGAAUCCAACGCACAAAUUACAAAAAUGAGCAGUGCACAUUUCUCUAUUCUAAAUGAUAAUAUGACAUGCAAUUCCAAAUUUGGAAAGCAUGAAUUCAAGACACCCAAACAGCAUUAAUAUAUUGAGAAUACUAAUUAAGUAUGAAGUCACUCAUUAAAACUUUUAUGUAUUUUAUAAUUAUUAAAAAUUCAACUUAUUUUAAAAAUGACAA